CUUUGCUUCCAUAAUAUAUGCUUGCUUUCCAAUCCUAGAAAAUUCUUUAUUAUACAUCCGUAUGUGCUGGGUUGUGACAAUCAUCGUCUGUGGUUGAAGCUGAAAAGUUAUUGAAAUGGAGAAUCAGAACACAGGGGAUAAGAAGUUUGAGAAGUUUACAUGGACAAUUAGGAACUUCUCUAAAUUGGACACCAACAAGUUAUAUUCAAAGAAUUUUUCUCUAGAUAACCAUACAUGGCGAAUUGCGAUCUUUCCAAAGGGAAACAAAGGGCCUGACUUGUCUAUAUUUUUAGAUGCUGGUGGAGAUCUUGCUAAUUUACCAGAUAGCUGGAACAAAUUUGCAAAAUUUAAGUUGGCUUUAAUUAAUCAAGUCAAUGACAAAAUGACGAUAAUAAGAGAAACUGAACACCAAUUUAAUGCACACGAGAUUGAUUGGGGUUUUCCGACAUUCAUAUCUUUAAAUGAACUUUGGAAAACCAAAGGAUUUAUUGUGAAUGAUACUUGUAUAAUUGAAGUUGAGAUCUUGGUCAACAAGCCAAAACAUAAGAACCAAGUUGAUCCACCUAAUAACAAGAUUGAUGAUAAGCCUGUUAAACACAUUGAUAAUCUUUUAUCCCAUGAAAUGUUCACAACAUUCGGUGAGUCAAUGGAUUUUAGAGGUUUAGGAAAAAUAGAACAAGGUUUUGUUCCUCUGCUAGAAGAAGUAUGUUCACGACAUCCUUCACUUAUAGACAGUCAAAAGAAGAGAACACGUAGGUUUAUUGAAUGGGCAUUCACAGCUUUAGGGCGAAUUCUACAUUUUCUUAAGACUAAAAGGGUGAAAGAUAUGAAUGAAGAUGCUUGUAAUCAACUCCAAAUCUUAUGGGAGGAACUUGAGACAUUUAAGUUUGAUUUGGCCUGGCUUGAACCUCAUGUUCAAUCUGCCUUGGGUAUGAAAACUUGUAUGGAGAGAACUAUUGAAGUGAAAAAGAUGAAGGAGAAUGUGACUACUUUAGAAAUGGAAACAAAGAAGUUGAAGGAAAAGAUGAUUGAAGCAGAGGUAAAUCUUGAAAUAGCAAGAAGAGAAUUGGUGAAAGCAAAUGUGGGCUUCGAAGAAUGCGAUUUGGAUGCUGAACUAGGAUAUGGAGGAGAAUAGAUUCGGUUUGUGUCACUUAAAAAUUCAUUGUAUGCAUUAUGUAAUUCAUAAAUUGUCGAUGAAGUGUGUAGAUGUGAAUUAAUUGCAUGUAUUUGUGAAUUAUUGUAUAUGAAUGGAAGGUAAAAACGGCACAAUUUAAAUAA